AAAGGACAAUAAACCAUGAAAUUUUAGUUUUUUUCAAAAUUUAGCUGAAUUUUGUCCAUUUUUAAAAAAUCAAUAUUUUAAAAUUUUUUUAAUGGAAAAAGACUUUCAAAAAUCCACGUUUCAGUUUUUUCUAGAUAACUCGAUGAACUCGAUCUAAUGAUCAAAAACAAUCAAAAAAAAUGUUUGCUUAUCUUUUGAAUUGUCGGCACCUUAUAAUGGGAGUUCCCUAUUACGUAUACGAUAUCCACUGAUGUCCAUAGGAAAAAUUUGGAGAGAUUCUCAGGAACCGAUUACUAGAGAAUCAAGAAAUAUAAAGUCAAAAUCUCUCUGAGAUAGUCAUCUUGUAUAGCAUGUCUAAAUGCCUAAGCUCAUGAAGUUUACUACUAAAGUUUGAUUUAUUCUUCUCAUUAAGAUUUUCUUUCAAACAAUAAAAGAUUACUUAAUUUGUAAUAAUAUAUUUAAAUAAUGCAUCAAGAACAUCAACUAAACCCUUAACAAUCACCAAUAAUUUCAUCACAUAAACGGCCUCUGCCUAUUCUAGUGUUGCCUGAGCUUUUAAAACUUUUUACCUUGAAUUCACAAAUUAUGUUUUCUAAUACGUGUGAAAAGCUUUAAAAGCUGAGCCAACACUAGAAUAAGAAGAGGCCAUUUAUGUGACGAAAUUAUUGUUGAUUGUUAAGGGUUUAGUUGAUGUUCUUGAAGGAUUAUCUAAAUAUAUAUUCUUACGAACUAACAAAUCUCUCAUUGUAUGAAAGAACAUUUUUUUGAUUUUUCGAACUUCUCGAUGUCUCGUUACUAUUUUAAAAUAAUGAAUGGAUAUGGAUUAAUUUUUAUUUUGUGCAUGUUCUUAAAAAUACAUGACUGUAUAACAGAACAAAAUUGUACGUUCUAUCUGUAAAAGAUAGAUUAACAUACAAAUUUAAUGUUUUUUUUUUGUAGGCCAGAGUGGUUCUGUUUGUACACCCUAUUGUGGAGCUGGAGAUGGUUUUGAGCGACUAUGUUGUAACAGAGAUGUUAUAAAAGAAAUUCAAUUUCCUCAACCUUACAUCUUACCACCGAAAGUAAUGAUGAUUGCGUUGACAAAAUAUGAUGCUUGGAAUGGAAAGAAUCAACAUAUACAUGUGUCGGCCGACUACGUUGGUCGAUAUGGAGCAAAAAUUCGAUUUCGUUCGUGGGAUAAUGCUGUUUUACAUGAAGCAUGUGCUAGCUGGUUGUGUAACGCGUUAAACUUAACAGCGAACGAGCUUGGAUUAGAUACCAUGCCACCACGUCCUCCUCAUCCUUCGGGUUACUAUGUUAUAAUUAUUAUUAUCACAAUAAUCACUGUGUUUCCCUUCUUUUUAAAUGCUCAACCACCAACUCUUAGUGACUAUGAUACUGACUGGGGUGUUAAACUAACUUCAAAUGAAUUUUUCAUUAUCGAAGCACAAAACAAUAACAAUGUAUUUGUUAUUCAAUCUUAUAAUAUAUUGUCAUUGUCACAGUGUGGCGUGACAAUUGAUACGAAUAAUUAUAUUUUUAGUGUAAGUAUUGGCUCGAGUCAAACAAGUGAGCAACAGUACUUUGCUUUCAUUGGUUAUAAUACGGUUACUCAGAUAGCAUUCAUCGGUAUGGUUAAUUUUACUGACAUCAAUACUGCAUGUGUUUCUACACUGAAUUACGCUACUAUUAACCAGCCUUACACUGCAGAUGAACAUUAUGUUUUAACAGCUGAUCCGAAUGGUAUAAUGGCCUACGCAGUCUCCGUCAGUUCAAUUGUAGUAUACAAUUUACAAAAUCAGGAGGAAGUAGACUGGCAUCCGGGGUCUUAUAGUAAUUAUAGCGUUUACUACGAAUUUUUACCAUAUGCAGUUUCAUCUACAGAUAACUACCUUAUUCUCGUUGGAUAUUUUGAUCCGCCUUCCUUAGGCCACUACAUACCAAAUGCUUACUUAAUAGAUGUAAGGAACUGUAGUUUGAAUGUCAUCGACCAGAACUGUAUGCUUCAAUCGACAUCCUGGCCAGCAUGGUAUUAUAACUUAAUGCCAUUAACAUUUCAGUAUAGUAUGUCAUUACUAGAUACAUCUCAGUCUAAUAAUUACUAUUAUCAACCAUUGUACUCUGUGUCAGUUGAAAUUAGCCGUGACACUAACGAAGUUCUAAUUGGCAUACAAGCCUUCAAUACAAUUGUCCGCCUAUCAGUUGAUUCUGUAGUAUUGAGUAGUUUAAAUUACAUUGAUAGUUGUACGGCGUCGGGCGUGUACGCUGGAUUUGAUCACAGUGGCUGUUUUCCUGGAACAUAUAAAGCAGACACUGGUCCAGCCAUAUGUAUAUUAAAUAUGUUUAGUAUGGAUUUUUCGCAACAACGUUGUCUUCUUAUCUCACCAUUAUUCUGGUCGUUAGUUAUAUUUGCCGUAACAAUAUUAAUUAUUGUACUAAUGGGUACAUUGAAAUUUUCAGUUAAAUUUAAACGAUUACGACACGUGUUAAAAAAGAUCUUUCGUCUAACUGAUCUUAUUGGCGAAGGUGAACUUUGGAUGGUCUCAUUUGCUAUCUUUAUUGUAGAACUAGAGUUUUAUGAAACAUUUUCUGUCAAUAAUCGAACUUUAACUCAAUUGCUAUCAAUUGAAAUACAGUUAAUUAAAGUCAUUAAUAUUACACAGUCAAUAUCAUGUGAUAAUGAAGAAGAAAAGUAUAGUGGUCAAUGCAUACCAUCGUUCGUUUAUGAUCCGGAUCAAUUCUUUUAUACGGAAGAGAAUUAUAAUAAUUUACAUACUUCUGCAAAAACAAUUUUAACAAUUCAACUCAGUAAUUCACAGUAUUAUAUAAAGCAAAUACAAGAACCUAUUGCACGUCAAUCAGAGAUUAUAUUUCAUAAUUUACUAUUUACAACUGUUUGUACUGAAAUCUUUGGUCUGAUUUUCUUAGUUUUUAAAUUAAUUUUAGUACCCUUAUUCAAAUAUUUGAUUAUUAAAAACUUAUUUGCCACAAACAAUCGGGUUAGCAUCGUUGAGGAAGAAGAAGAAGAAGCAACAACGAGUUUAACUGAAAUUCGAAAACGUUUAGCUGCUGUAGAAGAUAAAUAG